CAGCUGUCUCUUUAAAUGUGAUUUCCUUCUAUUGUAUUUGAAUCGUGAUCAGGAAAAAGGAAAUGAAACCAGAGACAGAGGGAAGCUGAGCGAAAAUAGACCUUCCCGAGAGAGGAGGGAGCCGGGGGAGAGAGGCACGGUGCCCUCCCCGCCCCCAGGCCGCCGCCCCCUCCCUGCCCUCGGCGGCGAGCUGCGCGCCGCGACCCGGGCCGAAGGUGCCAGGGGCUCCGGGCGGGCGCGCAAGAUCCCCGCGGGCGGUGAGGAGCCGGCGAAGGCGCGCGAGCCCAGCCGGACCGGGCGGCGGCGGCGGCGGCGGCGGGACCGGGAUGGAAGGGAGCGCGGUGACUGUCCUUGAGCGCGGAGGGGCGAGCUCGCCGCCAGAGCGCCGGAGCAAGAGGAGGCGCAGGAGCGGCGGCGGCGGCGGCGCCCGAGCACCCGAGGGGGUCCGAGCCCCGGCAGCCGGCCAGCCCCGCGCCACAAAGGGAGCGCCCCCGCCGCCUGGCACGCCACCUCCCUCCCCAAUGUCCUCGGCCAUCGAGAGGAAGAGCCUGGACCCGUCUGAGGAGCCAGUGGAUGAGGUGCUGCAGAUCCCCCCGUCCCUGCUGACAUGCGGAGGCUGCCAGCAGAACAUCGGGGACCGCUACUUCCUGAAGGCCAUCGACCAGUACUGGCACGAGGACUGCCUCAGCUGUGACCUCUGCGGCUGCCGGCUGGGCGAGGUGGGCCGGCGCCUCUACUACAAGCUGGGCCGGAAGCUCUGCCGCAGAGACUAUCUCAGGCUUUUUGGCCAAGACGGUCUGUGCGCAUCCUGUGACAAGCGGAUCCGUGCCUACGAGAUGACCAUGCGGGUGAAAGACAAAGUGUAUCACCUGGAAUGUUUCAAGUGUGCCGCCUGUCAGAAGCACUUCUGUGUGGGCGACAGAUACCUCCUCAUCAACUCGGACAUAGUGUGCGAGCAGGACAUCUACGAGUGGACUAAGAUCAAUGGCAUGAUAUAGGCAGAGGCCCCGGGAGCUCCGGGGAGGCGUUUCACCGAAGUGACUGUCUCGGGGCGGGAGGUGGGGGGGUGGCGGGUCUUCACUCGUAGGCAUUUGGGGGAUCUGAGGGUGGGCCGAGGCAUUUCUUAGAGGAUGAUCAAUAGACCCUAACUGGGCACCGAGAAAACCAAGAUACACAUCCAAGUGACAUCGUGCAAGGGGGCAAGACUUAAAUGUGACGAAACGAUUGGCCUUUAGGGAGACUUGCUGGACCACGGCUACAGCCUCUGGGUAAUGACGGACACGAUUAGUGAAGCCGAGGCGUGUUGGGGCUGGUGCUGGGCCAUUGCGAUGGAACUUCCCGUCCACAGAGAGGGACUUGUUCUGUCAAGAUUUCUUCUUGUGUCUUUGACCCUUGAAAACUAGAGCUGUGCAGUUGAUUUCUUUUCUUCCUGGCUUUUUUUGACCACCCUGCUCCCAUCACUGUCCUCCACACAAAGGAGGGACAGAUAAAAGAGUGGCCAUCCUUCUCUUCUUGGCCACCUUCCCAAGGCCUUAAGCUUUGGAUUCAAGGGGCACUGCAUGGAGACAACAUUUCAGUUGAGAAUGAAAACUGCAACUUUUAACCAAACCAUUAUUGAAAGCAAUGCUGAUGAAUCACUGUUUUUAGACACCUUAGUUUUGAGGGGAGGCGUUCCACAGAUUGUUUCUAUACAAAUGUAAAUCCUAAAAAAGUUGUUCAACUAUUUUAUUAUCUUAGAUUAUAUCAAAGUAUUUGGUGUGUGUAGUGAAAAAAAAAACCUGCCAACAAUAAAAAUGACUGACUAAAA